AUCACCGCGCAUCUUCCCGCCCCUUGGGUGUUCAAGCGACGCGCGCCGGCCGCGCUGCAUCCCGGAGUUGGAGCGUGCGUUCCUUUUCUUCUCUCCCUUGCGUCAUGUUCCCGGCCGUCUCUUCUCCGCGGACCCCGGGACCCGGAGCCCGAAGGGGGCCUCUGGGCGGAGUCGGGCCUGGCUCCACGCCCCGAUCGACAAGCAGGAAGGGCCUGGCCCUGGGGUCUGUAGUGAGCUCCCCGGCGCUCUUCUCGCCGGUCGGCCGUCGUAGCUCGCUGAGCUCGCGAGGAACACCUACACGGAUCUUCCCACACCACUCCAUAACUGAGUCUGUGAACUAUGAUGUGAAAACGUUUGGCUCUUCUCUCCCUGUUAAAAUCAUGGAAGCCCUAACAUUGACUGAAGUUGAUGAUCAGCUGACUGUUCACAUAGACGAAGGUGGAUGGGCCUGUCUGGUCUGCAAAGAGAAACUCAUUAUUUGGAAGAUUGCUCUGUCACCUAUUACGAAGUUAUCUGUUUGCAAAGAACUUCAGCUGCCGCCUAGUGAUUCCCACUGGAGUGCUGACUUGGUGGCUCUCUCUUACUCUGCUACCUCAGGUGAAACACUUUCCACUCAGGCUGUUGCCGUCAUGAUUGCCACCAGAGAAGGAUCCAUCCGCUACUGGCCGAGCCUUGCCAGUGAAGAUACCUACACAGAGACUUCGCUAGAUUUGGGAGGUGAUAAGACUUACAGCUUCCUAACAGCAGUGCAGGGAGGAAGUUUUAUUUUGUCCUCAUCAGGAGGCCAGCUGAUUAGGCUGAUACCUGAAAGUUUAGGAAAAAUUCAUCAGCAUGUCCUGCCUCAGGGGCAAGGCAUGCUUUCAGGAAUUGGACGGAAGGUUUCUUCUCUUCUGGGAAUUCUAUCUCCUAGUAGUGAUCUCAUGCUUUCAGGUGUCCUCUGGGAUAGAGAAAGAUCCAGCUUUUAUAGCCUGACAAGUUCAAGCAUCAGUAAAUGGGAAUUAGAUGAUUCUUCAGAAAAACAGGCACAUAGUUGGGAUGUAAACAGAAUCCUGAAGGAGAACGUCACUGAUGCCAUCUGGGGAUCUGAAAGUAACUAUGAAGCUAUUAAAGAAGGGGUCAACAUUCGGUACUUGGAUUUGAAGCAGAACUGUGACGGGCUGCUGAUUUUGGCAGCAGCGUGGCACCCCGCAGACAGCCCGUGUCUCAUCUACUACUCUCUGGUAACAGUAGAAAACAAUGGCCACCAAGUGUCAGACGCAGUCACCGUAGAAGUCACUCAGUAUAAUCCACCUUUUCAGUCUGAAGACUUGAUUAUGUGUCGGUUGCUGGUCCCAAACUUUUCAAACCAGACUGCCUAUCUGUAUACUGAAAGUGCUGUCUAUGUGUGCUCCACUGGAACUGGAAAGUUUUCUCUUCCUCGGGAGAAAAUCGUCUUUAAUUCACAAGGAGAUAGUAUUUUAGGAGCCGGAUCCUGUGGUGGCGUUCCUAUCCUUUUUUCUAGAAACAGUGGAUUGGUGUCUAUUACUUCAAGAGAAAAUGUGUCCAUGUUAGCUGAAGACCUUGAAGAUUCCCUAGCAUCUUCAGUUGCUGGACGAAGCAAUGAGAGCGUGGUUUCUGAGGCCUCUGCAAAGAACGAAACCAUUGCCCAGGAAGACAAGACAAAGUUGCUAAAAGCUGCUUUUCUGCAGUACUGCAGAAAAGACUUAGGUCAUGCGCAGUUGAUAGUUGAUGAGCUGUUUUCUUCUCACUCUGAUUCGGAUUCUGACUGUGAACUAGACAGAGCUGUUACGCAGAUCAGCGUGGACCUGGUGGACGACUACCCAGCUUCUGACCCACGAUGGGCUGAGUCUGUCCCCGAGGAAGCCCCCGGGUUCAGCAAUACGUCACUGAUUAUUCUUCACCAGCUGGAAGACAAGAUGAAAGCGCACUCUUUCCUUAUGGACUUUAUUCACCAAGUUGGCUUAUUUGGACGUCUCGGCACUUUCCCAGUGAGAGGGAUGCCGAUGGCAACGCGACUGUUGCUCUGCGAGCACGCCGAGAAGUUGUCAGCCGCGAUCGUGCUCAAGAACCACCACUCACGGCUGUCUGAGCUGGUGAACACGGCGAUACUGAUUGCCUUAAACAAGAGGGACUGUGAGGUCCCGUCCAACCUGACCCCCGCAGACGUCUUUUUCAGAGAGGUGUCCCAGGUAGAUACCAUCUGUGAGUGUUUACUGGAGCACGAGGAGCAAGUCUUAAAGGACGUAUCAUUGGAAUCGGUUGAAUGGGCUGAGGUGGUGAUCAACGUGAACAGUAUUCUCAAGGACAUGCUGCAAGCUGCUACUCACUAUCGACAAAAUAGAAGCUCCUUGUACAGAAGAGAACCAUUAGACCAAGAACCUGAGUAUGUUCCCUGGACAGCGACGAGUGGCCCUGCUGGCAUCCGAACUGCAAUCGUGCGCCAGCAUGGCGUUGUCCUGAAAGUGGUUUAUCCCCAGGCAGACAGCAACCUCCGAAACGUUCUGACAGAGCAGCUGGUGGCACUGAUAGAUUGCUUCCUGGAUGGCUAUAUUUGCCAGCUGCGGUCUGUGGACAAAUCCAGUGAUCAAGAAAGAUACACCAGUCUGGAAGUGGAAUACCUACAGAAAAGAUCGGACCUCUUGUCUCCACUUCUCACACUAGGCCAGUAUUCAUGGGCUGCGUCGUUAGCAGAAAAAUACUGUGACUUUGACAUCUUAGUACAGUUGUGUGAGCAGACUGACAACCAGACCAGACUCCAGCGCUACAUGACCCAGUUUGCUGAUCAGAAUUUUUCAGACUUUCUCUUCCGUUGGUACCUGGAGAAAGGAAAGCGAGGCAAAUUGUUGUCUCAGCCCAUUUCUCAGCAUGGACAGUUGGCAAAUUUUUUGCAAGCUCAUGAGCAUCUCAGCUGGUUACAUGAAAUUAACAGCCAAGAAUUAGAAAAGGCUCACGCAACACUUCUGGGUUUGGCAAAUAUGGAAACUUGUUACUUUGCAAAGAAAAAAACCCUUCUUGGCUUGAGUAAAUUGGCUGCUUUAGCUUCAGACUUUUCAGAAGAUAUACUGCAAGAAAAAAUUGAAGAAAUGGCCGAGCAGGAGCGCUUCCUGCUGCACCAGGAGACGCUGCCUGAGCAGCUGCUGGCGGAGAAGCAGCUGAGCCUGAGCGCCAUGCCCGUGCUCAGCGCGCCGGAGCUCAUCAGCCUAUACAUCUGUGAAGAAAACAGAAGAGCUAAUGAAUAUGAUUUUAAGAAAGCUUUGGACUUGCUGGAGUAUAUUGGUGAGGAGGAAGAUGUAAAUAUAAAUGACCUAAAACUGGAAAUCCUUUGCAAAGCUCUUCAGAGAGAUAACUGGUCCAGUUCAGAUGGUAAAGAUGAUCCAAUUGAGGUAUCGAAAGACAGUAUAUUUGUGAAAAUCUUACAGAAGCUUUUAAAGGAUGGCAUUCAGCUCAGCGAAUACCUGCCAGAGGUGAAGGACCUGCUACAGGCAGACCAGCUGGGGAGCUUAAAGUCCAGCCCUUACUUUGAGUUUGUGUUGAAAGCCACUUAUGAAUAUUAUGUCCAAGGGCAAAUGUAACUUUUUCUAAAAGUGGUCAUUGUUCCCGAAAAUUUGUAUAAGCAUGUCUCCUUACAAAACAUUUUAGACCUGAAACGUCUGGAAGUUUGUACAGUUUUAUAACUUGCAUUACUGAGGGUUUCUUACACUUUAUUUGGAAGCUACUACAAAAUAGUUAUGUGACGAUAGUUUUGGUUUUCAGUCACAUGAUUUUUUUUUCUCCCUUUUUCCAUCUGAAAUUUAUCAGUUGUCUGCAUACUUGCUACCCUUCCUUUUUUAUCUCGCUCCGUCCGGGGCCCUGGAGCUCUUGUCCUGGCUCUGGCCACUCGUCUGUACAGCUUACUGCUAGGCUUCAGCUUCUGUAACUCUAAAAAUGACAAGAUCGCACUGAAUUGUCUGUGGAGUUGCUGCGUCUCUGGAUAUUAUGCAUCGGAGAGUCCAUGGAAUAUUUGGUAUCCUGGUUAGGGCUAGUGGGAAAUGCCUAGUGAGGUAAGUGUCAAAUUUUGCGAACUUGCGGAAUGGAAAGGCAGAGCAGCCUGAUUCACUGUGAGCUUGAUAACUGGUUAGUCUGUUGGGGAAAAUGUCAAAACUUUUCUAUGUAAAUAAUCGAAUAUUAAAGUAUUUUGGUGAAUAAAACAUAUUAAUGUGGCUUUCUAACCUGUCUAUAAGUUACCACACAAUAGGUUACAAUCUUUCAGUGUUCAGUGUGGGGACUCAGUCAGCUUCAUGGAUUCUCCAGAUGGUUGACACUGAAUUCCCACCUUGCCACAGUCUGUCUAGCUAAUCUAAGGUGUGUGUAAUGCUAGAAACCAUUGUAGGUUUUUUUUUUUUAAUAAAGCAGCUGAUUUAAUUGAAAACCAGUGGUUCUCAAUGCUUCUGUGUCCGGACCUAUGUCGUCCUCAGUUUUUAUCCGGCUUUAAAUAAAGGCGGGGUUGCUGGCA